UACGAAUGGAGCCGAAUAGUGGGUUUUAAAUGUGAGUGGGCUUCGCUGGAGUGGAAGGAACAUGUCGCCAACGAGCCUCUGCGUUCCCCUGCUGCUGCUGGUCUGCUGUCUCUGCGUGGAGUCCAGGUUCCCCACUCUGGACCACCUCGGACCCCAAGCCAGUGACCAGACUCAGAGUCGAGCGGUGGCGGAGCUGCUCCGGCGGCUCCUCGGCACCAGAUCGUCUGACUUCAUCGUGGUGGUCAACAGGAGUCUCUCCAACGACAGCCUGGAUUUAUGUGAACUUAGGUCCACCAGAAACAACAAGAUCUUGGCCACCGGCAGCACGGGAGUCUCGGUGGCGUCUGGGAUUUACAACUACAUCAAGUAUUUCUGCAACUGUCACGUGUCCUGGUCCGGAGACCAGCUGGCCCUGCCGCGUCCCCUGCCCAGACUGUCCGGGGUCCUGCGCAUCAACACCCAGCACAGGUUCCGCUACUACCAGAACGUCUGCACCUUCAGUUAUUCCUCCGUGUGGUGGGACUGGUCCAGAUGGGAAAGAGAAAUUGACUGGAUGGCGCUCAACGGAAUCAACCUGCCGCUGGCUUUUACAGGCCAAGAAGCACUCUGGCAAGAGGUCUAUCGCGCUCUCGGGCUGAACCAGUCUGAAAUAGAGGACUUCUUUUCUGGCCCAGCGUUCCUGGCUUGGAACCGCAUGGGAAACAUGUUCAGGUUUGGUGGACCGCUGCCCCAGUCCUGGCAUGUCAACCAGCUGUACCUCCAAUUUAAAAUCCUGGAGCGGAUGAGGUCUUUGGGUAUGAUUCCAGUUCUGCCUGCUUUCUCCGGGAACAUUCCGAAAGGAAUCCUCAGGUUAUACCCUGAAGCCAACGUUACCAGGUUGGGGCCAUGGGCACAUUUCAACUGCAGCUAUUCGUGCUCGUACGUCCUGGACCCCCGUGACCCACUCUUCCUCCAGAUCGGCUCCCUCUAUCUGUCCCAGGUGGUGAAACAGUUUGGCACGGACCACAUAUACAACACCGACACCUUCAAUGAGAUGACGCCACCUUCCUCUGACCCUGGCUACCUGUCAGCAGUCAGUCGAUCGGUUUUCGCCUCCAUGACAGCGGUUGAUCCUCAGGCAAUUUGGCUGAUGCAGGGCUGGCUCUUCUUCAGUGAUGCGGCAUUCUGGAAGCCGGCACAGAUUCAAGCCCUACUACAUGGAGUUCCACUUGGGCGCAUGAUUGUGCUGGACUUGUUUGCGGAGACGGAGCCAAUUUUCUCCUACACUGAGUCUUUCUAUGGGCAGCCUUUCAUCUGGUGCAUGUUACAAAACUUUGGAGGCAACAGUGGUUUCUUUGGCACGGUGGAGAGCAUGAAUGCAGGACCCUUCAAUGCUUUGAAAUUUCCUAAUUCCACUCUGGUUGGUGUGGGCAUGACACCCGAGGGCAUUGAGCAAAAUCCUGUCAUGUACGAGUUGAUGACUGAGCUGGCCUGGCGAAAAGAACCAGUCAACCUCCUGAAAUGGGUGUCACUGUACGCGUUAAGGCGCUACGGGAGCACGCAGGAAAGCCUGGGCAUGGCGUGGAGACUCUUGUUUUCAAGCGUGUACAACUGUACCGUGGCACAUUACAGAAACCACAACCACAGCCCUCUAGUGCGACGGCCUUCUUUUCAUUUGAACACUGACCGUUGGUAUGACCCAGAGAAGCUAUUCCAAGCAUGGAAACUGAUGAUCGAGGCCGCUCCGUCGCUCAUGUCUAAGGAGACUUUCAAAUACGACCUUGUUGAUGUAACGCGCCAGGUCUUACAGGUCCUUACAACAUACUACUACCAGGAUAUCGCAGAGGCCUUUCAGAAGCAGAAGCUACCGGAGCUGCUCACGGCUGGGGGGGUACUGGUCUACGAUCUCCUGCCAGAACUCAAUCGUUUGCUGAGUAGCGACCGCAACUUUUUGCUUGGGACUUGGCUGGAAAGGGCGCGGUCAUUCGCUCUUGAUGAGAAGGAGGCCCAGCUGUACGACAUGAAUGCCCGAAACCAGCUCACUCUAUGGGGUCCAAGUGGAGAGAUCUUGGACUAUGCAAGCAAAGAGUGGGGCGGUCUCAUGGAGGACUACUACGCCCAGCGCUGGGGCCUGUUCGUCCAGACUCUGGUGGAAUGUCUGGACAGUGGACGUCCAUUUAAGCAGGAUACAUUCAACCAGGUAGUUUCACAGGUAGAAAAGGGAUUCAUUUACAACGGGCGAAAGUAUCCGACCAAACCGCAGGGGGACACAUAUGAGAUCGCUCGGAGAAUCUUCCUCAAGUACUAUCCACUGGCCAUGAAAAGACUGAGCUAAACUCUGGAUGAGAAAGCCAAGCCAAAUUUUUGUGAAUAUUUUAGUUUGGAUUUGAUCCUACACGACAAUAUUUCCAAUCGUGCUUUGCAAAGAUGUAGAAAAUUUAAGAAAACCAGUCUCAUCAGAUUGGUCUGGACGUGAGGGACUUGUGCUCUCUUAGCUGGGAAGCUGCGCACAACUUAGAUCAGAGGAUGAUUAUUCUGUGACACCUUGUGUGACUACUUUUUUAACACUUGCUUUCAUUGUUAUUAUUUUUUUAAAAAGUAGUUUAUUGUGACGUGUCACAAUAAACGUCUCUGGCCUCAGCAGUUUAAUAACUGAGUUUGUUUGGGAUAGUUCCUUGAAAGAUUAUGAUAUGAUCAAAAAAGAUAUGAUGAGACCCUAAACUGUAUCUUUCUUCUUUCUUUUCUGUUUCUGUUUAUAAUGACAUGUGAGUAUGAUGUUCUGGAAAAAUCACAUUGUUCUAGUUGUUGCUACAUGUAGCAAGACAAUGCUAACUGAGAGCAUUUAUUAAUGAAACAGAUGACUAACUCAAAGACUCUUCACUGGCAAUAGACAGACAAUAAACACAUAUAUUUUUUACUUUGAACUAAGAUAGUUUAAAUUUUCUCCUCAAAUGUCUCGAAUACAACUAUUAUUACCACAACAUGCGCAUAGUAUGAUACUACACGCGUUGAUAGUCUUGCAUAUUCGCUGACAAGCAGAGCUAGAUAAUGCUCGCGUGAGUCCUAGUGUUUGGUGCACUUUAGUGCUUGAGCUUUAUGCUGCAACACUAAUACAAAUACUAGUACCUCUACAAAGAAAUUAUAUUGAGCAUAUUACUUGGAGACAGAAGUCCCUGAAGUUGUCUUGAAAAUUGAUCAGGAAAUGAGACAACUUUAAAAGGGCAUGCCUAUUUGUGUGGUCAUGAUCAUGUGCGUUUUUCCGGUUUGACAUUAUCUAUCAGGAAAUAAAAGUUUCCUGACAUUUAUUUCUCUAAGCAGCAAGUUCAAGACUAUUCAGUUAUAUUGUGUAACAGAAGCUUAAUGCUAAUAUUAGCUCGACAGUAAGGGACGACGCCGGCAGUGACUGUGGAGACGUGUCUGAAUAGAAAGGUUAGGAAAAGCUCUGUAUUUGGCACUAAUUUUCCAUCGCAAAUUCACAUGGAAUAUCUGAUUAUAUUUGUCCUCAAUCGAAGGUCAGAAAACAGCGACAUUUUCUCUUCAGUUUUUUACUUAUAAAUCCAAUCCAAAGGCCAUAGCUAGUGAUGGGUAGAUGAGGUAUCAUGAACCAGUGUGCUCAUUUUCAGAGGCCACUGGAUGGCGCUCUUGGUUCAGAAAUGAGCAGCUCAAGUCUGGACAUUUUCAGUGCCAUCUGCCAAGUUAUAGCUGAGCGGCAUCGCCUCUUCAUGUGUCAGUGGAAUUGCGGAGGUCCUCAAAGCGGUGCUCCCCAUCCGAAAAAGUCUCACGGCGAGUUUACUGGUGCCCACUGUACACUGUUAUGAAUUAGCACAUGUGCCCCACCAAUAUUCAAAUGGUGGCCCUGAACUCUCACCAGCACUGCCGCAGCAACACACCCCUUGCCUUCACGAUUCUUCUCAGCCUCCUCAGGAGGAGUUGUACAAGCCCAUGAUCCGUUUUUAGCUUGAAGGCACCGACCAACUACCUCAAGGCCACAGCGACCUGCCUCACCAAUGGAGGCACUGAUCACUGCUCACGGGAGACGCCGUCAAAUGUCCCAUUAUGUUCUUUGGUCUCUCAGUCUGUCCCAUCUCCAGUCCUCCACCACACCUCUUGUCACAGAAAGAGUAUCAGAAAUUUGGAUGCAAAUCUGAUUAAAAGAUCAUUGGAACUGUGGUGGAGUGCACUUUUUGCUCCAACAUGGUGUUGUAGUCUACUAACUUGGGAUGAAGAUUAAAGUGCUCUGGUAUUCCCUCAGAAAGGCUGGGCCUCUUCGCUUCAUCUGCUGCCGCCUCGACCUGACCCAUGGAACCCAGUCUGUACAUUUGAGACUAUAUACAUAACUUCUAAAAAGCACCAUCCGUAGUCAUUUUUUGUUUUUUUUAUAAAUUAUUAUUCAAUCCGCUAUCGCAUCCCUCUAAACAACAGACAACAAAAGGGUUUAGUUCUUGUGUAAUAAUUUUCUAGUUGAUUUACGAUUUCACGCUCACAUGGGCCGUGAAGACAAGACGGUUCCACAGUGUUUGUGUGUUGAUUUCAAAACACAGAAAAGGUGGAACUGAUCACUGCUUUCUGAUUUUGCUUCUGUUUUUGUACUUUCUAUGUAGUUUUUCCUUCAGGAUUCACUUAUUUUAGCAGUCAAUGCAUCAGCACUUUGAAAAAUCACACAAUUUUAAACACUAGAUGUGUGUUCCUCAUCCAGAGGCCCUUGUGUCUGAUGAUUAAACAUUGUUUUGAGGAAUUACAGAGGGUUAAAAAAAGGGAUAAAACUGAAAUUGUUUUAUUUUAUGUGAUGUAUGAUGUCCACUGAGUUUUUAAGAAAACAUUUUAUGUCAAUUUGAGUGAAGAUGUUUUGAAUAGGAGCA